UCCGGAGAGACUGUGCGGUUUAUAUGCGUUUAGUAUUACGUAAAGGGUAAAGCGUUUUCUCCUAGUGUGUAUCAGACAACAAUCUCGACCUACUCCUUUUUUUUAACAAUCAUGUCUGGCAGAGGAAAAACCGGAGGUAAAGCCCGAGCAAAGGCCAAAUCCCGGUCCUCCCGUGCCGGCCUCCAGUUCCCGGUGGGCCGUGUCCACAGACUACUGCGCAAGGGGAACUAUGCGGAGCGCGUCGGCGCGGGGGCACCUGUGUAUCUGGCGGCCGUGCUGGAGUAUCUGACUGCUGAGAUCCUGGAGUUGGCAGGCAACGCAGCCAGGGACAACAAGAAGACCCGGAUCAUCCCCCGCCACCUCCAGCUGGCUGUGCGCAACGACGAGGAGCUCAACAAGCUGCUGGGCGGAGUGACGAUCGCUCAGGGAGGCGUGCUACCCAACAUCCAGGCUGUCCUCCUCCCAAAGAAGACGGAGAAACCGACCAAGAGCAAGUAAAAGACUCCCCAACGGUCCCCGGGGCCACUUCCAUAUCAGUGUGUGAUUUUUGGAUAAAUAACCUCUCACAUAGGAGGACGGUGUUUGCUGUUGUUGUUCCUACAAUGAAAACAGACACUGGCCUCUCAUCGGAACUAUUCAUAGACUGCACUGUGAUGUUGUUGGCUCUGGAAAAUGGAGGCGCUUUCUGAAGGCUGGGAUGGUGAAGGCCGUGGAUAAAACAUGUUCUCAGUAUGGACCAAUUUUUCAAUCGAAGAGGUUGUAUUAGUUUUCACAGUGCUGCUACAAAACGUGCAAAAUGUUCCAUUGUUGUGUUGUUUUCUGUCAUGUUGUUCAAUAAAUGUCCUGUAGCCCUC